UUGUACAGCGGGGCGCUUCAUUUAGCUCUUUAGGUCUUCACUCUUCGGCAUUAGUAGCUCGAUAGCUGGUGGGGUUCUGCAACUUUUUCCAUCGCAUUAUCAGAAAGGCUACCAAAGGAGAGCAGCCAUGACUGAUUAUGUGCAGGAGCAGGAUAUGGAAAUUGAAGCGCUGGAAGCCAUACUUAUGGAUGACUUUAGAGAAAUUCACUCAAGUGAAAGUGGGUUAAACACUUCAAGUCGGUGCUUUCAAAUCACUCUAUCUCCUCAGGAUGAGGAGGCAGACGACUCAAGUCCUUCAGUUCGGCUGGCUUUAAUUUUCUCACACACAGAAAAAUAUCCUGAUGAACCUCCGCUUUUGAGUGUGAAAAAUUUAAGAGGAAUUCAAGCAGGAGAUCUCACAGCUCUAAAGGAAAAACUUGAACAAGAGGCUUCUGAGAAUCUUGGAAUGGCCAUGAUCUACACAUUGGUUACUUCAGCCAAGGAGUGGCUAUCUGAAAGAUUUGCUCAAGAUGGCGAUGCUGAGAAUGCCGACGAAGAUGAGGUGGCAAAAGACGAGAUAAUCGUGCCUCAUGGAGAGCCAGUCACGAUUGAGACAUUUUUGGCUUGGAGGGAAAGAUUUGAAGCAGAAUUAGCGCUAGAAAGAGCCAAGCUUAUGCCUGAUUCAGCGCUUACAGCACCCAAGGAAAAGAAGCUUGCGGGUAGACAAUGGUUUGAAAGUGGAAGAGCUUCUGCGAAAGGUGCAGCUUCAAUUGAUGAAGAAUCUGAUGAGGAUGAGGAAGAUAUUGACCUUGAUGAUGACGAUUUUGAAGAUGAUGAAGAAGAUAUGUUGGAGCAUUAUCUGGCAGAGAAAUCAGAUGCAUCCUCUCAUUCUUCAAGGAGAGCCAAUUAGAAGGACGGAGGGUAGAAUUAAGGUUUUUUUUUUUUUCAACUCUUAUUCCCAUAGCAAGUUUAUAUAUCAAAUUUAAGCCCGUUAUGUGAUGUUGUAAUAGUCGCAAUACCAAUGUGAGCAACAGACUAACCAGUUUUGGGCCUCGACCAGAGGAAAUGCAUAGUAUUGAAGCUACAGGAACAAGUCCCCCCCCCCCCACACAACAACAAAAAUCCCCCACACAAAAACACCACAAAUUUCAGAAAUUCGAGCAGACUUUGCCCUGAAUACUGGUAUGGUCUAAGUUUAAGGCAGUGAUUUAAGUUAAUCAUGUCCCUUGGCAGCUUUUCAGUUUGUAAGCA